AGCAGCACCAGCGGCAGCACCAGCGGCAGAACCUUCAGCACAGAUGCUCGCGUGAUUUAUCUGAAUAGUACCACUAGAAGACGCAGCGUGGUGCAUGCAGGAGCCGACUUACCGCCCUUGUUUAUAGUGCCCCGCCUCCGCCAGUUGCAGCCUCUGUUGCAGUCGCUUUCCAGCAGCAGCAGCAGCACAGACACCUACAUGCCUUCUCCCCUAGCCAUCAAUCUCAAGCACUUGAUACAGCGGCGAAGGACGGCCAAACGCAGCAACUACCACCCUCAGCUUCUACCCGUCCCCCCCCCUCCCGCUUUUCCACCAUCGACUGGAGUCGCUGCUGCGUCGCCCCCUCUGCCGCAGUCUGCUGCUGCUGCAGCGGCUGCUGUGGGUCAGCAGCAGCUGCAGCAGCAGCAGCUGCAGCAGCUGCAAGACAGCCAGCUGCUGCAGCUGCACGGGGAGGCGCCACUUUAUGGUCUUGGUUUCGCGGGGAGGAACGUAGUGGCUCUUGGCGAAGACGCCGAUGCAGCAGAUGCGGUGUCUCCCACCUUUGCAGCCGUCUCCUCUCUCGAGCGAGUUGCAGUUGCUGCGCUGACUCGCUGGAAAGCAGCUGCAGAGGCUCCCUCGCCCUCGUCACCAUCCCCGUCGUCGUCAGCAGCGGCAGACAGAGACGACCAGUCCUUCUGGAAAGAACUCUGCGAUCGUCUCUAUGCAUCCAGAGAUGUCAUGCCUCUGACCUCCCUGGCAACAGUGCUGCGUCUCAUCUGCUGCCGCUAUCUCUGCACCGAAGCAGCAGCCUCCCCCUAUUUCUUGCGGCACUUUGCCUCCUUCCCCCACCUUCCAGACAGCAGCCUCCCCCCCCCCUCCCCGCAGCAGCUGCAGCACAAACAGCAGCGGCUGCCUUCUCAGAGACCAGUCGCCGCUUCCUUGUUGCUGCCGCUCACGAGGGAGUUUAUCGACGAUGCUCACUGUCUCUCUGCCGCCGCUGCUGCAGACGUUGCUGCUGUCUACGCUGUCUGCAACGCGUGCAGCGUGGAUCUGUUGCAGCUCCUCCUGAGGCGCAGCGUCGACACUUGGCUGCUCCCCGAGAGUGAGCUCGUCGCACAGCGGCAGCAACUCCAGCAAGUAGCGUCAUCGCAACAACGACAACAGGUGCAGCUGUUUGCCUCCAAGCCCGAUGCAAUGACUAGCUUCUCCCCACACGAGUUCGCCGUUUUCUGCUCAGCAGUACAGCACUUGCUGAAGCAAGCGCAGCCGCUGCUGCAGCGGCAGGCACAAGAACGGCAUCAGCAGCAGGCACAAGAACGGCAUCAGCAGCAGGCGGCUCCUCUGCUGCCUCUGGAGGCAGCAUUCUUUCGGAAAGCUUCUGCUUUUCUGUUGCGCUGCACAGACCAGCAGCAGAAAGACGCUGCACAGCAACAAGCCGCCUUGGGCAGCCUUGCCGCGCUUGCCGGGGACGUUUUGCAGACACAGCCUCAGCAGCAGGAUACAGAGCUUUUCAAGGCGUGUGUUGAGCUCCUCCGAGCAGCAGAUAUCUUUGUUCCCCGGAGAGGAGCGGCAAGAGACACAGCAACACACACAACAAAAGACACAGCAACAGACGCGGCAGUCGUAGCAUUCUGCUGCAAAGAGACAGCACGCCUCAUGGCGUGCCUCAACAUCCCCGAUACCCACGGAAGCCCUUCCACUACGCCUCGAACGAAUUUCCCCGGCGCCACUGCUCUGCAUCACAUGUUGCUUCAAGCCGCAAAACUGCUGCAGCAGCAGCAUGAGCAUCUGGAAAGCGGGGAAAGCGUCGGAACUGCGCAUGUGUCUGCACCUUCAAUGGCAGCAGCAGGCCGCUUGCAGUACGUCGCGCUGAGGCGUGCCCAAGUGCCUGCUGCUGAGACGCUGCAGCUGAUGCGUUGUGUUGGUGAUGCGACAGCAGCAGCCGCUCAGAUCCUGAUGCAGCCUGCGCUUAAGCGGCGCCUUGGCGAGGGAGUUCACCAGCAGUCGCAACUGCAUGCGGAAAUGCAGCGACUGCAGCAGCAGCAGUGCCUGGAAAAGGCCUCUGCUCUUUUCACUGCCCCGCAGGCAGCAGAGCAGCGGGAGCUGCAAGCUGCCGCGAGGCAGCUCGUGGAGACUGUGGUGUCUGUCAUUACAGCGAGGGGGUCUUCUUUGUUGCCUUCGGCGUCGGAUGCAUGCAGAGCCUUGUUGCUGCUCUGGCUGGCAGCGGCAGAAAAGGCGCCGGAGGGGAGCUCUCGAAGUCGCCUUCUUGCCCAUAAGACGGCGCAACAAGUGAGCGAGCAGCAGAUGCACAGGUGUGAGCUCAACUGCUGCGUCUCCGUAGCCAUCUUUAUUUUGCAGGAUCUAAUCGCGGAGAUCGUACGCCGCUUCGCGGAAAUCUCGCAGCCAGAGAAACAGUUCUUGAGCCAGGCCGUCUCAGUCCUUGGCAUCCGGCCCCCUAAAGCAACGCCUCGCAGCCAAAGCUGCUCCUUGCAGGAAGCAGCUUUAGGCCGCUUGUCCUCUUUUGUCCCCACCGAUAAAGAAGCGCAGCAGCUUCUUGCGCGGCAGGAAACACACGAGCACAAAGUGAUCUUUCCUCUGCUGUUGCCUGUUUGUCGCUGGAAGGGAGUGCCUCUAGGGUUAAGCGGCAGCAGACAAGUAAGUGUCAAGGCAAUGCAGGAUGUGUUGAGGGAGGGAGGCAGUGCAAAGGGAGGCGAAAAACGUGUGUUAGUAGCUGCUUUCGAAGCGUUGUUAGCGCGUUGGCGUUCGGUGAGGGGUUCUUGUGCCUUAUAA